AGAAAAGGAAAGAAGGAAAUCGAUGUAACGCUGAGGUCUGUCGGUACAGAUAGUACUUGAACAUCUAACAUUCGUUGUGAUUUUGUUAGAAGAAAAAGUAUGUGAAUUUAUAACCAAUCUAUAGAGAAUUUCGUAAGCCGUCGAAGAAUACUUGUUACUAGGCCGAGAAAUACGGGGCGGGGCGACUUUUGACGGAAAUUCUCAGAUCGGCUAAACGGAACUACAUACAUAUUUGAACAUGAUAGUGGAAAGUGUUAGCGGCCGACAGAAAGUAGCUGCUGAUCGUGGGUUUGUUAAAACACCGGUCAACAGAAUUUCUACGCGAUGUGUAAGACUAAAAUUUGCAAUCCAGAUUAAACAGGAUGCUGUGGGAUCGCAUGUAAAGUGGUUGGAAUAGAAACGAUCGAACUAGCGCACUCGAGAAUAGCAUACCGUAGGAACGAUGCAAAAUUGUGGCGACGACGAUGGCUGUAACGAGGUCGUCUAUAAGGAUGUGGUCAUUAUAGGAAACGGACCCAGCGGAAUAUGCCUGUCUUACAUGCUCACCGGAAAUUGGCCUUAUUACACCGGCGAGCCGCAUCCCGGAGACGAGAUGUUGACGGCGCGACUACACCUAAGCACAAGGUCCGGGAAGGACGAAUGUUGCGACGAUACGGGCCAAGAAAUGGGAAAUGAAAGGGUGGAGGACCGAUGGCGGCGACGGCAACCGCCGUCUUCACCUCGGGACGGCGUUAAAUCGAAAGCAUGCGAUGGGAAGGGAUUGGCUGGCAGCACGAGAUGCAAACUCGAAUGCCUGUCUUCUGGAUUGGAGGGUAGACUCGGUGGCCGGCCGUUGGCCCUUCUCAUGGAUCAACUUCAACACCCCUGCGUAGACGCUGGCCUCGAUGUUCCUUCGUUGCUCACGUGGAAAUCCAUUGAGCAGCACCCUGAGCAUAAACUGAUAGAUCACGUUGUACUCGGCAAGGGGCCACCCGGUGGUUCGUGGCAGUCGAUGGAUCCAAACGUGUUGACCAUCAGCUUGAACCGAUGGAUGUCGUUGCCCGAUUUAGACAUAAGGCAAUGGGAAAUGUUGAUCGUCGAGUCUGAACAUCUUCGGAAAACAAAUUCAACGAAGCGUGAUCCGUGCCCGCGUUACACGUUCCAAGAAAGACCGAGUGCCUGUAAGACGACUAGCAGAAUUUCCGUUGGCACAGUGGCUGCCUAUUACAAAGACUAUGUACGCAAAAAGGGGUUGAAGCAGUAUUUUCGUUGCGGGACCGUAGUCACCUCGGUGAGACCAACUUCCUCCUCGGAUCAUCAGCAUCAAGAUGAUCAUUACGGAUGGAUAGUGGACGGUUUCGAGAGGCAGACCGGAAAACCGUUCCGCUAUCGAUGCAAAAGAGCUAUUCUCGCUACCGGUACGAUCGAUCUGUCCAACAGGUUAGGUAUACCUGGCGAAAAUUCCCACCCUGAUUGGAUAACGCACGAUCUAAACGAGCUAGAAUCGAGACUGGAUUGUCUGAUCGAGGAGCAACACGACGACGUAAACGAACUGGAAGAGCGACGGCGACGAGUUCCUGAUCCGGUACUUGUGAUCGGUGCUGGUUUGAGCGCCGCGGAUGCGAUCGUGGCAGCGCGGUUUCGGGGCAUUCCCGUGUUGCACGUGUUCCGGGACACGUCUAACGAGUGGAACAAAUCCCCUGACGAGAAGAUACGCACUGCCUACGAGAAAUUGCAAGGACUUCCCAGCUCCAUGUAUCCUGAAUAUCAUAAGGUGUAUGAAAUGAUGGCCGACGGUGGUACCAAUUAUCCUCUGUACAGGGCGCUACCGGGUUACACGCUGCUCGGCUUCACCGACAGUGCAACUGAUCUCAUCUCCUCAGACAUUACCCCAUCCAAUAAACAACGAAUGGUCACUCUUUCGGCUCCGAACGGACGCGUAUGCUCGUUCCACGUUUCUGCCGUGGCUAUACUAAUCGGUUAUAAGCCUGACCUGUCCUAUUUGGAGGCCAACGGUAUGGGACUUGGAAAAUUCCCCGACAAACCCAUUGACGGUAAAUCCAAUCCAAUCGAAGUCGAUGAUUUUACUUAUGAAGUGAUUAAAGCUCCAAGAAAUGGACUUUACGCGUUAGGUUCUUUGGUCGGCGAUAAUUUCGUACGUUACAUACUAGGUGGAGCAUUUGGGAUUUUAGUUCACAUCCUCACCACUUCCUCCUCGUCUUCUACUACCUGAAACGACACGAAAUUUUCUAUACGACGUCGUCGUCGUCGUCGUC